AUGCAGGUCACUAGCGGUUCCGGCCACCAGCGGCCCUGGUGGUUGGCCUUCGGCCUGCUGGCCUUUCUCUUCGUCUCCAACUUUGCCUCCGCCGCUUCCGUCUCCCAGGUCGUCCGAAGGGGCAGCGAAUGGACGGAGCACCCUUCGCUUCCCUACGCGGGUGAAGGCUUCGCGCUCCACAAAGGACCCCGAGGUCCACAGAUCUUGGUCCAUCGCUUCCUGCCCUACGACGACAUUGCCGUGAUCCCCAACACGAUCCAGUCCUUCCGAGCCGAGGAGCAGAAGCAGAUCUUCAAGGCCAUCCCUGCCCUCAAGCCCCUCCAGAAGAACGGAUGGAGCUGGAAUCGCCUCGCGGACAAGCCCGUCGUGGGACAGCACUUUGACGAUCCCGCCGGUAUCUACACGCUUCCGAACCGCAAGCCCCACACCGUCCGGGUGAGGAGCAAGGGCGGUCGCUUCGAAUUCAACUAUCUCGGCAAGAGCGCACUCGGACUCGAGACGCGCAAGUGGUCGCCGUUCGAGGAGCUGCCGGAGCACAUGCAGAAGUUUUUGCGCAGGUACGCCCAGUCGGACCGUAGUGUGCCUUGGAUGUCGGUCCUCCGUUCUUCGGUGCGCAAGAGGUCUCUGGAUGAGGCCGCCGAGCUGCACAAGCGGGCUCCUGGCCAAGCCGAGACGACCAUCUCCUAUCCCGGCAAGAAGUUCAUCGUCACCCGCGUUUCGAACGAUCCACGCACCCCUUACCGGAUCAGCGUCCUCACUGAAGACGCGCGCAACAUUGUCGGCACGAGCAAGUGGUCCGAUCUGCCGUCCUCGCUCCAGACGCGCCUCUCGCGACAAGUGCCCAACCUCGGCGUGUUCGCAUCGUCCAACGCGCCCGCAAGCGACGCUAGCCGCUGGCAGAUCAAGCUCGGUUCGCACGCUUUCGACGACGAGGCCGUGUACGCGCACCCGGACUACCCGCCCGAGCUCCUCCAGGUGGUGCGCCUUCCGUCGGGCAAGGUCGUGUUCCAGCGCAACUUUGGCCAGAUGCUCAAGUUCUCGCAGCUGCCGCAACAUCUGCGUGCCUACAUGGAGAGCCAGCCUAGCUUGAGGGGCAUGUUGGCCGAUGCGAUCGAGACGACCACCCGGACCGGUUUGCCGCAGCGUGGAGCCCGGUUCUUCAAGCGCGCUCCCCCCGAGUAUCUGCAGACGGUCCAGUACCCAGGCAAGAAGGUCGUCAUCACUCGCGACCCCAACGAUCCCCUCACGUCCUACCGGCUCAACUUUCUCAACGAAGACGCGCGCUCCCUCUCCGACUAUCGCAAAUGGUCUCAGCUGUCCGAGUCGCUCCAGAGCCGUCUGUUUCAGCAAGCGCCCAACAUGGGCACAUUUGCCUCUUCCCAUCUCCCCGAAAGCGAGGCCUCGCGUCUGGACGUCAAGCUAGGCAGUCACCUCUUCGACACCGAAAACGCGUACGUCCACCCCGAGUUCCCACCCGAGACGAUCCAGGUGCUGCGCAAGUCCUCCGGCAAGGUGGUGUUCUCGCGCGCCUCUGGCGAGCUGGUCAAGUUCUCGCAGCUACCGGGGCACCUGCGAUCCUACCUUCGCAGUCAGCCUGGCAUUGAGGCGAUCUUGGCAGACGCGGGGCGCACGACCAAGAAGUUCGGAUUCCCUCUGCGCAGCUUCCGCUUCUUCAAGCGUGCUCCUCUCGAGACGCUGCACACGGUCGAGUACGUCCACGCUGGUUUCCCCGCAGAGACCAUCCAGAUCCUGCGCAAGUCGUCGGGCAAGAUCGUCUUCCAGCGCGGAUCGGAGAAUGCGGUCAAGUUCGCGGAGCUGCCUGCGCACCUGAAGGCCUAUCUGCACAGUCAACCUGCGCUGUCGGGCGCGUUGGCCGAGGCGACGCGGGGCACGAACAAGCAAGGGUUCUCGCAUAACACCGCUCGUGGCUUCCGCUUCUUCAAGCGCGCUCCUCCAACGCCGACGAUGGACCAUCCCCUGCACACAAUCCCGUACCACGGCGAGCGCAUCACGCUCACCCAGGGCCGCGAUGGCAAGUACGUCUUCAAUUUCGUCCGUCUGCGUAGCGAUGGCGUCCCCGACAAGCUCUAUCGCACGACCCGGUGGAGCGCGCUUCCCUCGGAGAUUCGUCAGCACUUUGAAGGCAUCCCCGGUGUCAAGAUCGUGGCUAAGAGCACCAUGUCGCCUGGGUACGCUAGGACGCUGCCUGUGAUGGUCGCCGAUGAGCCAUUCGAUUUGACUCAGGCGUUCCACCACCCGGAGCGGAAGGCGGAGACGAUCAGCGUCUGGCCCACCGAUCAGGGGAUCAUGUUCCAGCGCCAGACCGCCACGCGCGUCCACGGUCUGCAGCCCCUCGAAAGCUUGCCCGAGCACCUCCAGACGUAUCUCCGGGCCGAACCGAGUUUGCAGAAUGUUUUGGGCUGGGGCCGAAGGCUCCCGUGA